CGGCAGCACUGAUUCUGUGAUUGUCAAAACGAAAAUUCCGACAAAAGGCUACGAAACGAAAUUAAAGUCAAGUGAAUACGUAUUAAGAAUGCAAUAAUUGUGUGUGAGUCUCGUCUCCCCUAGGCUUACACAAGUGUGCUGGCACAAUAAACCCCCAGGUGCAAUAAUUCUCUGCGAAAUAAAAGCUCCGCUGACCUGCUAGAAAUGGGUCUUUGCAAGUGCCCCAAACGAUUGGUCACCAACCAAUUCUGUUUCGAGCACCGAGUGAACGUCUGCGAGCACUGUAUGGUUCAGUCGCAUCCGAAGUGCAUAGUGCAAUCCUAUCUACAAUGGCUGCGGGAUAGCGACUACAUUUCCAACUGUAAUCUGUGCGGGACCUCGUUAGAGCAGGGCGAGUGUGUGCGACUGGUUUGCUACCACGUCUUUCAUUGGGACUGCCUGAAUGCUCGUCAAGCCGCUCUGCCUGCCAACACUGCGCCACGCGGCCAUCAGUGCCCCGGGUGCAGUGUGGAGAUAUUUCCCAACACCAAUCUUGUCUCGCCCGUGGCGGAUGCCCUGAAGAACUACCUGGCUCAAGUCAACUGGGGUCGCAAUGGCCUGGGCCUGGCUCUGCUCUCGGAGGAUCAGAGUAGCAGUUUGAAGGCCAUCAAGGCUAAGGCGGCCGUCAGUCAGGCGGCUGUUAGCAAUAUGACCAAAGUGCAUCACAUUCAUUCCGGCGGAGAGCGGGAGCGUGCGAAGCCAAAUGGCGGGGAUGCCUCAACUCCACAUUCCGUGCUCCUAAUGGAUGCAUUUAAUCCACCCAGCUCGGGCGACUUUAAUGCUAGCAGUAGGCGACCAUUGCUGCCACGUCAGUCGCCCAUUGGUGGGACGGAUCGCGAUGACAAUAAGUACCAGCGUCGCACGCCGGCCGAGCUGUUCUCGCGUUGGACGCGUCGCUUCUAUGCACCAUCGUCGCGGCCACCGUGGCGACGCACUUGGUUUCUGGUGAUCAGCGGCAUUCUGGCCUUUGUCAUGUUCAUCUAUCUGUUGGCAUGGAUGGGACGCAGUGGCUCCAACGACGGCCUGGACGAGAGCUGGAACAAUCCGAAUCCGCAACCGAAUCACUACGAGUAAAUUAUCCGAGGAAAGUGUUAUCCACGUGCAUACGUAGUCUCUUAUCCAAAGCAUACAACCCUCCCCCUCCCGAAAGAAUACAACUUUUACAGAUAUUUAUAUAAUCUUAAAUUCCAACGACAGAAAAUAAUACACAUAUUUAUGUAUA